GACAGUCACGGCAUGCAUCCUGGGUAUGCCGGUGACGUCAUCAGGCGUUGGUUAUUAGAACAAAGAAAGAUGGCGGACGACUGAGGUUAGGAAUGUAAGCUGUCAUCGGUUGUGGUCGCUACUGCUGAAAAACGGAAGCAAUCGUAUUUAAAUAGUAUACAUUCGGAAUCGAUGUAUGCAUUGCAUCAUGCAAUAUCAAUGCAAUUAUUGUCAAGAGAAUAUAGAAGACGUACGAGUUAAGUGUUCGGAAUGUAAAGACUUCGAUCUGUGUUUACGGUGUUUUUCUUCUGGAGCUGAAAUUGGAAGUCAUAAAAAUAGACAUAACUAUCAGUUAAUUGAUUGUGGAAAUUUUCCAAUCUUUAAUCCACCUCAUGACUGGAAAUCAAAAGAAGAGCUGAGGCUUUUAGAAAAUAUUGAACAAUUUGGAUUUGGAAAUUGGUAA